UGUUAACUGGCCGCCUGCCAGGUAAAUAUUCAACAGAAGAUGCUAGCUAUGCUCAUGUCUGACACGACAAAAGGACGACAACUCCUGAAUAACUGGAGCAAAGAUGAAACCACAUGCUUUACCGAGGACAUUAAGUUUUAGGUAUCAGACUGAGAGCCUGUAGCCAUGGAUGGGCAUGUUGCCAAAAACAAUGAAAGCACUUUCCCCAGCUUCGUGGACCUGGAUGACUUUCUUAACAAGCACAACUCGAACUUCAUCUGGCUCCUCGUUGCGACCAUUCUGUCCUGUGGAUGGAUCAUCUAUUUAACUUAUUACAACUCUCGCAACAUUGGCCUCAUCCUCACCCUCAUCAUCAACAGACUCUACAAGGAUGGCUACAUUCAUAUCGGCUCCUUCUCCUUCUCUAUGCUGUCGGGGAAAGUCAUGUUCAGAGACGUCUACUACAUCAACCAAGACAUGUCCAUCAGGAUACAGGAUGGCUUCCUCAUAUUUCGUUGGUGGAAAAUGUACAACCCGAAACAGAAACAGCAUGACCCCAAGGCAGAGACCAGGCUUUAUGUGACCGUUAACGGCUUUGAGUUUCACGUCUACAAUCGCACCGACCUCUACGCCCGACUGCAGGAGACCUUCGGACUGGACCCCACACUCAUAACUCUUAAAAAAGAUGAUGAGAGGGGACGAGAAGAUAGAAACAAAACUCUAGAAAGUGUGAACAUCAAAGCAGAGAGUCCAGACCACACGUCAUCGUGGCGCUCCCUCAUUCCUGUCAUCAAAGUGAACAUCAGCACCGGUCGUUUGGCGUUCGGGAACCACUACCUCCCCCAGACUCUGUGUGUGAACUUCGAGGAUGCCUUCCUCACGUACGCCACCAAGCCUCCAUCCAGCCACCUGGACCAGUACAUGCACAUCGUCAAAGGCUCGCUGGAGAAUGUGCGCGUCAUGCUGGUUCCCAGUCCGCGCUACCUUGGCAUGCAGAAUGAUGAACCCCCCAGACUGAUGGGUGAAGGCUUUGUGGUCAUGCAGUCCAACGAUGUUGACAUCUACUAUUACCAGGAUGAACCCGGUCUUGUGCCUGUGGAGCAGGAGGGUGUGGAGGAGGCAGAGACGUGCAGUGAGGGCGAUAAGCUUCAGGACCUGCCUCCAUGUUGGGGACUGGAUAUUGUCUGUGGAAAAGGAACUGACUUCAACUACGGCCCUUGGGCAGAUCGUCAGAGGGACUGUCUGUGGAAGUUCUUCCUGCCAGCUGACUACCAGUCCAUGAAGGAGACCGAGGUUGCCCAGCCAGGAAAACCCAGGCAGAUCCAGGCCUUCGAGCUCCGCAUGAACAUCAUUGCUGACGCCACCAUUGAUCUGCUUUUUACCAAAAACAGGGAAACCAAUGCCAUCCAUGUGAAUGUAGGUGCAGGCUCGUACCUGGAAGUAAACAUCCCCAUGACGGUCGGAGAGAAUGGCUACUCUCCUACCAUCAAAGGCCAGCUGCUUCACGUGGACACCACCAGCAGCAUGCAGUACAGGACUCUUCUGGAGGCUGAGAUGCUGGCUUUUCAUGUCAUAGCCAGCUACCCCCGGGUGUGGAACAUGCCGCAGUCGUGGCAGUGUGAGAUCGAGGUGUACAAGGCCACCUACCACUUCAUCUACGCCCAGAAAAACUUCUUCACCGAUUUGAUUCAGGACUGGGCGAGUGACAGCGCCCCAGACAUCUACUCCUUUGUGCCCUAUUCCUGGAAGUUCAAGGUCCUUUUCCACCAGUUUGAGAUGAUCUGGGCGGCAAACCAGCACAACUGGAUCGACUGUUCCACCAAACAGCAGGAGAAUGUGUACCUUGCAGCAUGUGGCGAGACGCUCAAUAUAGACUUCACUUUGCCUUUCAACGAGUUUGUUCCAACCACCUGCAAUACCCGCUUCAGCUUACAGGCGGAGGAUACAGACAUGCGACUAUCCCUGCCAGAGUGCCACCCGAGCCGCUGUCCCCUCCUCACCCUGGCCAAAGACUACCAGAACGUCAAGCUGCCCCCAGACAUGUUCAUGCCGGGGGAAAACCAAGGCGCUCCCCCUCCCAAACCCACCAAGUACCGCUGGAGGAACAUCACCCACGCAGAAGCUGGCUGGCUGGAUUGCUGGAGCGUACCCAACUUCUUGCUCAUCAUUGACUACACCUGGCACCCCAUUUAUCCCCAGAAGGCUGACGAGCAGCUCCAACAGUCGCUGUCUGAGAUGGAGGAAUCCAUGCUGUCAGCGUUGCGUCCCCCAGAGCACACCUCGGUACACCACAACGCCCCGCCGCGCUACACCUCCACGUCUACCUCUGCUGCCCACAGCCGGAUGCCCACGGAACCCUCAGAGCUCCCACCCGACAGACUUCACGUGGAGAUGGAAAUGUCCCCAGAUUCUCAAAUCAUCCUCUACGGACCUUUGCUCCGAGCACUGAUCUCAAUCAAGGAAAACUAUUUUGGUGAGGAUGACAUGUAUACAGACUUUGAAGAGGCAGUGUCCAGCCCUGUGCUGUCCACCUCCACCUCCACCUCCUCGGGCCUUGGUUGGUCUCCUCUGGGAAUGGAGGACAACGAGCAGACGGAAAACUCAAACAUCCAUCCCCUAGACCUGCGCCCCUGGGACAUUACUGUGCUCAUUAACCUCUACAAAGUCCACGGACGACUGCCAAUGCACUGCAGCAGCGAGGGUCCCGAAGGUCCAUCCGGCUUCUUGGAGCGGCUGUGUUUUGAGAUGAAAAAGGGUUACAAGGAGACGAUGCUUCAGCUGAUCCUGUCUCCCAUUCACAUCUUCAUCAGUGACAACUACCAGCGUCCUACAGCGGACGGUGUGUUGAGGGACGGCCACCUGAGUCUGUCUGGUCUGCAGAUGAGGGCCCAUGCCAUGUUCUCCGCUCAGGGCCUCCCCCUGAGCAGUGAUACACUGGAGUACGCCUGGCUCAUCGACAUGCAGGCUGGGGGGCUCACCGGCAGGGUCACUCUUCCACAGGUGGCCAGUAUGAUAGAGUGGGGUGAGACUUUCCUUUUCCACGGGGUGUCCCGAGAGUUCCAGCUAGAACAACCCAAGCCCUCCGUCAUCUGCCAGCACGGCGCUGACCGUCGCACCUGUGAUGCCAAGCUGAGCUGUCUGCCAGGUCACUGUCGCACAUCAGAGGAUCUGAAGUACACCAUGACCCGACUGGCCAUGGAUGGAGUUGACCUCUUCGUUGUGGAGCAUGGCUGUGCUGCCAACGUCAAGACGGCGAUCAUUCGUGUAGCCAACUGCAACCUGCACAACCAGGCAGUGGGAGAAGGCAUCAGCGCUGUGGUGCAGGACAUAAACAUCCGGCAGUACAUUGAGCAGCAGCAGCACAGUGAGGCGUCCAGGCUGCAGCCGGCUGGACAGGGGCAAGGUGUGGGUCAGCCGUUGGGUCUCGGUCAGCCCCCUCUGCUGCGACGCUCUGUCUGGCUGGAGGCGGGUUCAGUCAACCUGAACCUCAUCACAGCAGACAUUGCCCUGGCCGCUGACCACUCAGCCAAAUGUGAAGUCCAGAGACAUUUUCUGGAGCUCCACGAUGCACAGACCAAAAGACUCUGGUUCUUAUGGCCAGAAGAGGCUGGCAUUCGCAACAAGCGCAGCAGGAACCGCUGUGGCUGCCUCGGAGGCUGCAGGUUUUUUGGAGGUACCAACAUGGGCCUGGACUUCUUCAAGCUUGAAGAGCUGACACCGUGCUCCUCGUCUGCGUUCUCUUCUUCCAACACUGAGCCGGACAUGUCUUAUGGCCAGUCUUUGCUGCAGCCAGGGGAGUGGAUUAUUACCAAGGAAACGCCCAAAGUGGAUGGGAGAGUUGUCGGACUGAAGAGGGACACACACUCGCCCUGCCUGCCUCCUGAGCUACCUGAGAGGCGUGGUCAGCAACAUCUCAGUCUCCAGGUGCCCCAUCGCUCCCACAGCUCCGCCUCUUCCUCUGAAGAAAAUAGUUCUUCUAGUGCCGCGUUGCCCCUGCUGGCCGGAGAGAGGGACACUCCCUCACCAAGCACAGAGGAACGCAUGUUUCCUGUGAAUGGCAAAAGCCCCGCUGACACCCUAGGGGACGUCCCAGAGGUCUCGCCAGUCUCCCCCAACGGCUCCCAGGACCGCUCGUCAGUGCGCUCCCCCCUCUGCUCCCCUAUCAAGCGCCAGUCAUCUGUACACUCAGGGCGACUGGGCAGCACCAAGAGCCUGUCAGCUGCCGUCUUCACCGACAAGCCUCCACCAGUUCUGUCCGGAGGCGUCCAGUUCAGCAGCGAGGUUUCCCGCAGCGACGAGAAUGUCCUGGAUUCACCACGCCAGCGCAGGAGCUACGGCUCCUUUCCGUUCACGCCUUCGGCAGACUCCAACACCUUCCAUCAGUACCGCUCUGCAGACUCCAGCAUGUCUGUGGCCGACAGCGAGGCCUACUUCUCCGCUGCUGAGGACUUUGAGCCAAUAAGCAGCGCUGAUGAGGGCCCAGGGACGUACCCAGGUCGCAAGAAAAAGAGGAGGCAGCAGAUGCAGCAGCCACAGCAGCCCCCGUACCACAUGGAGAAUUACAGCCGGAGCUCCAUCUACCACAGUGUUGAAGGCCCUCUCAACUACGUUCUCAAUGGGGACCUUAUCACAGAGCCACGUUCCCUGCCCAUGCCGCCAAUUCUGCCGCCACUGCCGCCCCAGCCGCUGCCCAGCCACACAUCCCAGGCCUCCUUCGUCUCAGCCCUGGCCAUGGAGGAGGAGAGCUCAGUGGAGACGGAGAAGACUGCUGAACCCGGCCCUGUAACCCGCCAGCCCCACGUCAUGGCGUGCUACCAGAGCUACCUAGCACACUACCAGGUCUCAAAUUGGUCUGUCAAGCAACCCACCAAUAAGAGGACCUCAAAGUCUUCUCUGCAUCGCCCCUUAGAUUUGGACACACCCACCAGUGAGGAGAGCGCUGCCUCCUUUGACCAGCUCUCUGUUCCCAGCUUCAAGGUGAUCAAGCAGGGCCUCUCAGCCAGCUCUCUACUGGACAGAGGACUUCAGCUGAUGGGAGAGAACAACAGUACACCGUACACCCCACUUGAUAAGAGGGCCAUGGAGAACACAGACGAGGACACAACGACCGAUGACUGGACUCUAGAGCAGCCCUUAGCUCAGACCAGGACCACUGCCAUCGUGGAGGUGAAGGGAGCCAUCAAUGUGGUGCUCACGCCCCUUGUGGCUGAAUCCCUGGACAGGUACAUAGAAUCCAUGGUCCACUUUGCCAGUAUCCGUCAUCCUGCAGCCAUUCUGGAUGACCUGCAUGGAAAAGUCCUGAAUGAAGCCUAUCAGAUCAGCAAGUCCACCGUCACCGAGUCUAGCCAAACGGGCAAGCAGGAGCACAAGCUGUCCAAGACGGAGGGCACGACCCCUGGCUCCCUCAACAUCACCCAUGGCCAGACAGACCUGUCCGUCAAACCAGAUAAUGUGAAAAUCAAAGGCCUCCAAGCCAACGUCUCCAUCCCCAAGGUGAACCUUUGCCUGCUGCAGGCUUCUGUAGAGGAGGGGUCACCGUCGAGCUCCAGUAAGUGUGUCACACAUGUGUCUCUGGUGGCGCUGUGCUUCGACAGGAUUGCCACCCAGUUCAGAAUGAACAGGGGUAUUGUCGAGGAGACGCCCAACACCACAGAACAUGGCCGUCCAUCGGUCAUGUUGGAGAAGUACGCCUCGGCCACAAAGAUGCAACCUCAGUCUUCUGGCUCACUGCGCUCCAAUGCCGGCAUCGAGAAAGGCAAAGAAAUCGCCGCCAGGCUCAACGUCCACCGUAUCCACAGCCAGCUGCGAGGCCUCGACUCCACAGAUAUUGGCACAUGUGCCAUCACAGCAAUCCCUUUUGAGAAGUCCAAAGUGCUGUUUGGUCUAGAGGAAAUGGAGGAGUUUUCAAUGGUGGAUGAAACUGAUGCCCAGGCGGCAGGCGAUCUCGGCCGUUCUGCGACGUCUCUUGAGAAAUGGGGCUGGAUCAUGUUUGAAUGCGGCAUCGAGAACCUCACAGUCAAAGGGGGCCGUCAGUCGGGAGCCAUUCUUUACAACUCAUUCGGUGUGAUGGGACGCUCGGACACUGUGGGGAAGACUGGUAUGAAGUCCAAUGGUUCCACAGGCUCUCAGACGGGCAGUGGUUACAGCACCGACGUCUCUGAUGACAACCUGCCUAAUGAUGCCAUGAGUCCUGCGUCUGAUGCCAACGAACACUCAGACGACCAGGAUGAAGGAGUGGAGUCAGACGACCUGAAGAAAGACCUCCCCCUCAUGCCCCCACCACCGGACUCCAGCAGCAUGAAGCUGACCAUCAGGGAGAUCUGGUUCAGUUUUGCAGCCCCCACUAACGUGCGCUCCCCUUCGCAGGCCAUCUCCAGGCAGUUGAAUCUGCUCAGCACAGCCACACCUGCCAUUGGAGCCUGGUUGGUUCCCAUCGACCAGCUCAAAUCUUCUCUACGUAAACUGGACAUGGAGGGAACACUGCGCGUGUGUGCUGUUAUGGGCUGCAUCAUGACCGAAGCUCUCGAGAAAAAGAGCAUCCACAUCCCGAUCCGGAGCAAGUACAACCGCGUGACUAAACGAGCUCGCUACCUGCACGAGAAUCCCUCCUGUAUGCUCUGUAACAUCCUUCACCGCUAUCUGCAGCAGGCGGACUACUCCGUCAUUGAGGAGGCUACCAUGAAUGAUGGGGUCCCUGCGCUUGUUACUCUGAAGAAGGGUCUGGUUGCUUUGGCCAGACAAUGGAUGAAAUUUAUAGUAGUAACUCAGGGCUUCAAAGCUAUUUGUCUAAUGAGGCCCAAUCAGCUCGCCAAAACCAAGGAGCCUCAGCAGAGCCUGGGUGACACCAUCUUGGGCCUGGACAACGGUGCUGCACUGCAGAGUGACACCAGCGCCGAUGGAGCUGAAUUUGAAUUUGACGCAGCCGCAGUGAGUGAACACACCAUGUUGCUGGAGGGAGCAUGCAGUCGUCCCCCGCCAAAAGAAGCCAACUCUGGUCCCGUCAGCGGAGUGGAGAUCAUGAGAAAGCUGUCCAAGUCCCAUGCACACAACGAGUCUGCACUCAGGAUAAAGGGCUCCCAUCCAUACCAGUCGCUGAGCUACACCAGCGGGGACACUGCAGCUGACUCACCCGCUCAUGUGAGCCGUGCAGGCCUGCCAGCUAAGGACAGCCCCAGGAAGGAGAGCCUCCUGAGCAACCUGACAGGCAGCUUUCGGAGUCUGCACAACCUGCUGGAGGGCAUGCCUCAGAGGAAUGAACCGUCUGCCGCCACUGCAGCCAAGAGCAACUCCCUCACUCGCACAGGAAACAGUUUAGGGACAGACAUGCUGACCGAGCACCCGCUGCUGUCAGAGCCCUCCUCAGUCAGCUUUUACAACUGGAUGUCCAACGCUGUGGGCAACAGGACGGGGGUUGCGGUGCAGGACUCCCCGAUUAACCGCUCCCAGCACAACAGCCUGCACACAGGUGGGGCGUGUAACCUGCCCACAAUCCCCUCAGCGUCAGACUUCAACACGGUGCUGUCCAGCGACCAGAACACCCUGGACGGGACCCACUCCCAGCACUCCCAGCACAGCACCAGUCAGGACGACAUGGCCGACAUUGAGGAGGGCAACCAGUGCCCAGCUGCUGUUCAACUGGCCGACGCUCAGGUUGUUUUCAAGCCUUUGCUGAGCUACACAGGCAUUCAGGCCCAAGACGCCACUCCUCUUAGUUACAAGAUGUAUUUUGGAGAGCAUCUGUCUUUCUCUGGCAACCUCGAGUGUCUCAGAGCGGACAUCGUGGACUCUGACACCUCCAAAGAGCGGAAAAAUAAAAGAUCCAGGAGACAGGGCAUGGUGAACCUGCCUCCGUUGGAGUUCAAGCCCGCGCUGCUGAUUGAGACGUUCAGCCUGAACGCAGUGGUGAUGGAGAAGUCGACGAGCGCUCCGCAGGGCCCGACCGCAGCGCCGCUGUCCUUCCACGACCUCAACCGCCGCCACUACAACACGUUCCACUGCGACUUCACGACGGCCUGUCAGUCCAUCAGCCAGCGUGUGGACAUGGCCCUGGUGCGCCUCAUCCACCAGUUCAGCACCAUGAUCGACGACAUCAAGGCCACGCAGACGGAUAUCAAGCUGAGCCGCUACACCGCCGGCUCCGCCUCCCCGACACCCACAUUCAAGGCCCGGCCGUACCGCCACUUCAGGUCCUCGGACUUCAGCCGCAGCUCCCGGGGAAGCGUCAACGGGGCGGGACGCAGCGGAACCCAAACUCUGAAGAGCAAGAGAGGGGUGGGCGGAGGGGGAGCAGGUGGAGGAGGAGCAGGCGUUACUGGGGGUUUACCACUUAAUGGCCCUCCGUCAGGCAUGGACACGCUGGGGAGAAGGGAGCCUCGAGGACGCAGCUCCCUCGGACGCUCGGAGCGACGCACAUCGAAGGUGUCCAGGAAGGGCUCCCGUGACGUGGCGGACCACAUGGCCAUCCAGAUGGACGACUCGGACUCCAUCACAGUGUCGGAGCAGAGCGAGCCUUCAGCAGAAUGUUGGCAGAACAUGUACAAGCUGCUCAACUUCUACUCCCUCAUCUCCGAUCCCACUGGCAUCCUGGAGAAAACCUCCCCAGAGAACUGCAUCUCAGAAGGUGGGCGUCGGCCCUCGGAGCCACUCUGUAAAGUGAUCUUUGAGAACGAACAGCAGGACAACACCACGCCCAACAGGCCUCCGGGCUCAGGCGGGCGGCGGCGUAGCCUGGUGAGCUCCGAGCCCCAUCACAUCACACUCAUAGUGUUCGGCAUCGGCAUGGUGAACCGCACCCACCUGGAGGCCGACAUCGGCGGGCUGACCAUGGAGGCCGAGCUGAAGAAGAUCCAUGGAAGUUUCACCCUGAAGGAGAAGAUGAAAGAUAUCCUGCACCAGAAGAUGACGGAGACGUGUGCAUCGGCUCACAUAGGAGGGGUAAACAUUGUUCUCCUGGAGGGCAUAACUCCUGACAUCCAACUGGAGGAUUUCCCAACAUCUCCCACCAGCACAGCUAAACAAGAGUUUCUAACGGUGGUCAAAUGCAACAUCGCCAAGUCCCAGGCCCUGUACAGCGCCCAGCGAGGGCUGAGGACCAACAAUGCAGCGGUCUUCAAAGUCGGCGCCAUCAUGAUCAACAUCCCUCAGCACCCGGCUACUCUGCACAGCAUGAUGGUCCGUAGCUCUCACCAGCUCUCCAAACAAAUCUCUGACCUCAUCCGCCAGCCCUCCAACGUUCAACCUCCUAAUAGGGAGGACACCCCCACCCCCCAACCCUCGGAAAAAGCAUCCAGCAUCAAUCAGACCCCCGUAGAAGCCAACGAAUUCCCUCAGCUCCCCGAAGGCCUGGAGAAGAAGCCCAUCGUCCUCAAGUUCAGCGCCAUGAUGGACGGCAUCACCAUCGGGGCCGCCCUGCUGCCCUCACUGAAAGCAGAGUACAAAAUGGGUCGCAUGAAGAGCCAUGGCAUGACAGGGGCACAAACCAGUUUCACCUUUGAGUUGCCGAACCACAAGCUUUGCUUCCAGUCAAAAGUGUCCCCAGUGGACAUGUCCACCAUGCCACCAUCAGCCAGCCUCACCCUGCCCCCAGUCACCAUGUCAGGGGAGUACAUCAUGGAGGACCACGAGAGCCACUCGGACCAGGGCUGGGCCCCCGACGACUUCCCAGCAAAGCAAGGAAACUACCUCCAAGGCAACUACCUGCGCUGUGUAGCCGAGAUUGGUUCAUUUGAGCACAACCUGACCACGGACCUGCUCAACCACCUGGUCUUCCUGCAGAAGGUUUUCAUGAAGGAGGUCAAUGAGGUCAUUCAGAAGGUCUCAGGAGGAGAACAACCCAUCCCGCUGUGGAAUGAGCACGACACCUCAACAGAUGCAGACAAGCCCAAGAUCCUGCUUUAUUCUCUCAGCCUCAUGUUCAAGGGAAUCCAGAUGACAGCCACCACUCCUUCUAUGCGAGCUGUGCGCUUUGAGACCGGCCUCAUCGAGCUGGAGCUCUCCAACAGGAUCCAGUGCAAGGCUCAACCCGGCGGCAGCAGCAGCUACCUUAAACUGUUCGGCAAAUGUCAAGUAGAUCUCCAUCUGGCUCUUGGGCAGAUAGUCAAGCAUCAGGUGUAUGAAGAGGCUGGCUCAGACUUCCACCAGGUGGCGUACUUUCGAACACGGAUCGGUCUGCGGAACGCUCUGCAGGAGGAGAUCAGUGGCUCCUCGGACAAGGAGGCCGUCCUCAUCACGCUCAACAGGCCCAUCGUUUUCGCCCAGCCGGUGGCAUUUGAUAGAGCUGUGCUCUUCUGGCUGAAUUACAAGGCAGCGUAUGACAACUGGAAUGAGCAGCGCUUGGCCCUCAACAAGGACAUCCACAUGGCCACUAAAGAGGUAGUGGACAAGCUGCCAGGCAUCCAACAGACCUCCGCCCAGGCCUUCAGCACACUCUUCCUGCAGCUGACCGUCAACGACCUCGGCAUCUGCCUCCCCAUCACCAACACAUCCCAGGCCAACCACAGCAUAGAUUUUGACACCGGCUCCGCUAUGGUGCUGACCAUUGAGAGCACACUGAUCACCGCCUGCUCCUCUGAGUCCCUGGUAAGCAAAGGCCACUUCAAGAAUUUCUGCAUCCGCUUCGCUGAGGGCUUCGAGACCUCCUGGGACGACUGGAAGCCUGAAAUCCGAGGGGAUAUGGUCAUGAAUGCUUGUGUAGUCCCUGACGGUACAUAUGAAGUAUGUUCCAGGACCACGGGGCAACCUUCUGCAGAGAGCAGCAGUGCAGGCACCUGGACUCUGAAUGUGCUUUGGAAAAUGUGCGGUAUCGACGUUCACAUGGAUCCCAACAUCGGCAAGCGCCUCAAUGCGCUCGGUAACACGCUGACGUCACUCACCGGCGAGGAGGACGUCGAUGACAUCGCUGACCUAAACUCCGUCAACAUGGCGGACCUUUCGGACGAGGACGAAGCCGACUCCAUGUCCCCCACCAUCCACAUGGAGUCCAUUGACCCCAGAAGGCAGAUGACGAUGGGCAACCAAGUGAUUGACGCCCGCGGGAGGAAGUUCACCAAGAGGGUGGUGGACAUCAGAGAGCUGAACGAACAGGCCAAGGUCAUUGACGACCUCAAGAAAUUGGGGGCCAGUGAAGGCACCAUCAACCAGGAGAUCCAGCGCUAUCAGCAGCUGGAGUCUGUGGCCGUCAACGACAUCAGGAGAGAUGUCCGAAAGAAACUGCGCCGCUCCAGCAUGAGGGCGGCCUCUCUGAAGGAUAAGUGGGGUCUUGGCUACAAACCCAGCUACAACCGCUCCAAAAGCAUCUCAGCGGCACCAGGUCGCCCCCCUCUGAAAAGGAUGGACAGACAGAGUUCCAGAAUAGGGGAUGUGGAUGAUCUACCAGAUAUGCGUGUGGAUGCGUCUUCACCUGGACCCCGGGUCACCUUCAACAUCCAGGACACGUUUCCUGAGGAGACAGAGGUGGACCUGUUGUCCGUCACCAUCGACGAGCCAUCUCACCCUCAUCAUCACCAUCAUGUCCAUUCUUCAUUCGUUACCGAUGGCCAGCACUCAGUUUUCAGUGCCCCCGGCACCCCUGCUGUCUUCUCACCCAUACUUCCCUUCCAGCACGACGACAUGCGGCGAGAUGACCUGUCCUCCUCCUCCUCCGAAGACUCUGAAAAGGAGGACGAGUUUGAAAGGGAGAGACCGCCGAGCUAUCGAAGGCCUUUCCAAGCGUCUCACAGGAAGUCCUCGGGGUUCUCUGCUGUGAGUCAGCUGUUCAGCGAGCGCUGGCCGAGCACAGCUGCCAGCCGCAGCUUCAGUGGCCCAACAACUGAGAGAAACAUCGACUUUGAGCUGGAUAUCCGUGUGGAGAUAGACAGUGGGAAGUGUGUCCUUCAUCCCACUACUCAGCAGCCAGAGCAUGAGGACAUCUCCCUCAGGAGGAGCUGUGAGCGCAGCCUCAAGAGUCUGGACCAGGAGUCUCCCCCCAAGAAGAAGAAGCUGCAGCCCACCUACACCUCCACCACCCAUCUCCUCGCUGGCAAGAAAUGUCCCUCCUCCCUGCAGACCAAGUCCAACGACAUGGAGACCACAGUCUUCUACAUUCCAGGAGUCGACGUUAAGUUGCACUACAACUCCAAGACACUGAAGACGGAGUCGCCCAACGCCUCGCGUGGAUCCUCUCUCCCUCGCACUCUCUCCAAAGAGUCCAAGCUGUAUGGUAUGAAAGAUAUCAGCCCUCCCAGCCCUCCCAACCCUCCCAAUGCAGUCCAGAGCAAGACUAACUCGCUCCUACCUCCCCCGCCCCCACCUAUUCCAUCAGCCAAAGGAAAGGGCAGUGGCGGGGUGAAGGCAGCCAAGCUGUACGCCUGGGUGGCCCUCCAGACUCUGCCAGAGGAAAUGGUCAUCAGCCCCUGUCUGCUGGACUUCCUGGAAAAAGCACUGGAGACUAUUCCCAUCACUCCAGUGGAAAGGAGUUACGCAGCUGUGGCUACCCAGGAGGAGGACAUGGGUCAGUUUGACCCGGUGGAGCAGCUGGAGGAAUCUACCACCUCUCUGGUUUCCUCUUCCACGUCGGCCUACUCCUCCUUCCCUGUGGAUGUGGUUGUCUACGUCAGGGUUCAGCCCUCUCAGAUCCGCUUCAGCUGCCUGCCGAUGUCCAGGGUGGAGUGUAUGCUCAAACUGCCCUCUUUAGACCUGGUCUUCUCUUCUAACCGUGGAGAGCUGGAGACCCCGACCGGAGCACAUCCCACUGAGGGACCUCACCCCCCCCCCUCCUCCACUCCUCCAGGGCAACACAUCCCCAAACCACCUCCCAGCAAAGCCUCUCCGUUGCUGGGGAGCCCUCUGGGCAGGAGCCGCCACAGCAGCAGCCAGUCCGACCUCACCGCCCCCCCCAGUAACUCCUCGGGCCUCAGCUUCACCGCCUGCAUGUCUGACUUCUCCCUCUACGUGUUCCACCCCUACGGUGCCGGAAAGCAGAAAUCUGCGGUCACAGGCCUGCCCCCGGGCCCAGGGCCAUUAGGGACAGUAGACGAGGAGCCUUCUUCAGUAACGGGAAGAAAAGACUCUCUGAGUAUCAACCUGGAGUUUGUGAAGGUCAGCUUGUCCAGGAUCAGGCGUACCGGAGGCCCCACUUUCAUCGAGAGCUUCAUUCCUGCCAAAGGUGGCAAAAUGGACACCACCCUCAUCAACAUCUCAGCUGUGUGUGACAUUGGCUCGGCUUCCUUCAAGUACGACAUGAGACGCCUGAGUGAGAUCCUGGCCUUCCCCAGAGCCUGGUACCGUCGAAGUAUCGCCCGGCGCCUCUUCCUGGGAGACCAGACUAUCAACCUGCCAGCCUCUGGCCCCGCCACCCCUGACUCGGCCGAAAACGUCACCCAACAUCUGUCCCCCGAGUCCAGCCGGAAAGCCUACUGGAGGACGUGGGACGGCAGCACGGGGACACAGCACAUGCCCCAAUCCCCCAACGUCUUUUCAGAGCACUCGACAGGAAGCAACAUGUCCCCGGGCGGCAUGGGCCACCUCAAGUCCCCCGCGCCUGGACGCACCAGGAGCGUGUCCGACUCCUCUGCUCCCAGGAGAGACUCGGUGACUAAGACAUCCACCCCUUCCUUCAGUAAAAACGGCAAGGCAGCGGGUCAGCAGGGGGCGCCGUGGGAGACCCUGGUUGUGUUUGCCAUCAACUUGAAACAGCUCACUGUCCAAAUGAACAUGAGCAACGUCAUGGGAAACAAUACCUGGACGACCAGCGGGCUGAAGAGUCAGGGCCGACUGUCCGUGGGAAGCAACCGGGACCGAGAGAUCAGCAUGUCCGUGGGCCUCGGCCGCUCCAAGCUGGACUCCAAGGGCGGGGUGGUGGGCGGAAAUAUAGACGUGAACACCCUGGAGAUGGUCUCCCACAUCUCCGAACACCCCAACCAGCAGCCCAGCCAUAAGAUCCAGAUCACCAUGGGGUCCACAGAGGCGCGCGUGGACUACAUGGGCUCCAGCAUCCUGAUGGGAGUCUUCAGCAAUGCUGACCUGCAGCUGCAGGACGAAUGGAAGGUCAACCUGUGCACGGUGGACACCAGCCUGUCGGAGAAAAGUGAAAUCUUCGUCCAUGGAGAUUUGCAUUGGGACAUUUUCCAGGUGAUCAUUUCACGCUCCACCACACCAGACCUCAUCAAGAUCGGCAUGAAGCUGCAGGAGUUUUUCACCCAGCAGUUCGACACCAGCAAGCGGGCCCUCUCCACCUGGGGCCCUGGUCCCUACCUGCCCCCCAAAACCCCCGUCAUCAACGCGGAGAAAGGAUCUGCGGAGCUUUACAUGGAUGCAGCCCAUCAUCGCCACUGGCCCGGGGUGCUGAAGGUAAUCGCUGGCUGCCACAUCUCCCUCUUCCAGAUGCCUCUGCCCGAGGACGCCGUGCAGCUGGGCGGUUCGAUGAGCCUCCAUGGCAAUCACAUGACCCUGGCCUGCUUCCACGGGCCCAACUUCCGCUCCAAGUCGUGGGCUCUGUUCCACCUGGAGGAGCCCAACAUCGCCUUCUGGACGGAGGCACAGAAGAUCUGGGAGGACGGCUCCAAAGAUGAUUCUACCUACAUUGUUCAGACACUGGAUUUCCAUCUUGGUCAUAACACUAUGGUGACCAAACCCUGUGGUGCACUCGAAAGUCCAAUGGCCACCAUAACCAAAAUAACUCGGCGGAGGCAUGAAAACCCCCCACAUGGAGUCGCUACAGUCAAAGAAUGGUUCAACUACGUCACUGCCAUGAGGAAUGAAGAGUUGAACUUGCUCAGGAACGUGGAAGCCAAUAACCAAGAGAGCGGAGUGGCUGCCAAGAGCUCCAGUCUGCUGAGCAGCUUCCGCAGCUCCUCCAGCUACAACCAUGAGACUGAGACAAUCUUUGCUCUUCCCAGAAUGCAACUGGACUUCAAGUCUAUCCACGUACAAGAUCCUGAUGAACCCUCUCUAACAGACUCCAACAGCAAACCCAAAGUGGAGUGCAGCGUGGUGACGGAGUUCACAGACCACAUCUGUGUCACCAUGGACGCUGAGCUCAUCAUGUUUCUUCAUGACCUGGUUUCUGCCUACCUGAAGGAGAAGGAGAAAGCCCUUUUCGCCCCGCGGAUGUUCACGACUCGGCCCGGCCAGAAGAGCCCCACAGCCCUGCACGACGAGAGCUCCACGGACAAGGACGACGGCAUCAACUACACCACGGUGGACUGGAGGGAGUUCAUGUGCAACACCUGGCACCUGGAGCCCACUCUCAGGCUCAUCUCCUGGACGGGACGUAAGAUCGACCCAGUGGGUGUGGACUACAUCUUGCAGAAGCUGGGCUUCCAUCACGCACGGACUACGAUUCCCAAGUGGCUGCAGAGGGGCGUGAUGGACCCGUUAGACAAGGUGCUGUCGGUGCUCAUCAAGAAGCUGGGCACCGCCCUGCAGGACGAGAAGGACAAGAAAGGCAGGGACAAAGAGGACCACUGAGGAACAGUCGCACGUGUCACUGAACACUGGAUUACAAAGGCCACUACUGUACACUACAUUGUCAAACGUCCCCAUUUUAUCUGCUACAGCCUGUGAAUUUCAGCAUAGUUGUUAACCGUGGUGCACGCCACAAGCGACUCUGACUGAAGUGUUUUGCAGCGAUGUCGUUUUCUGUAUAUUUUGAACAAAGUAGCAAAUGUUAGACUUAUUUGCCUGCUUUAAUGGUGAAAACCCUGCCUCUUUUACCUGUUGUAAAUGACCGUACUGAAAUCGCUUGAAAGUUUAUUUUAAGGCUUACCACUAUGUCAUGAGAAAUGAUUUCUUAUACCAUUGCCUUUUUCUUUGUUUCCCAUGGAACACAUGGUAGAUAUGCUUUAUGUAUUUUAUAGUGUAGUUUUAAGAUAUUUAAGAACAGUUCAGUGACCGUGUUCUUGAUUUUAUUUUCUGAUGUGAACAAAUAAAUACUGGGAGGUUACGGCACAACAUCCACUCAGUCAGGACAACAUGAACUUGUAAUUAUAAUUUGAACCAAGAUCGCUAUUUAUGGGUAUGUGAAAUGCAAAGUCUAUAACAUGUAUUAGCUUGGUGUGUCAAGCUUAUUUUUGUCCUUUUUUUAAAUCCAUACAGUAGAACCAGUGUAUAUAAUUACAUUUCUUAAAUAUGUUGAUUUCCUAACUUAAUAAAAAUAUUGCCAUUCAAUUUUU